AUGAUUGUUACGAACAAAACAGCAAUCAAAGACUUCAUAAUAUUUGGAUUCCCAGGACUUGACCCAAUGUAUUAUGGAACUGUAUCUACUCUUCUUUUCUUUAACUACAUGGCUAUUCUUGUUGGAAAUAUUUUUAUUUUAGUUUUUGUUGGAGUUGAGCGGCAUCUUCAUACGCCAACAUAUCUGAUCUUCUGUCAUAUGGCAAUAAAUGAUUUGUUAUUUGGGACAGUGACCUUACCAAAAAUGAUUUCCAGAUAUUGGUGGGAUGACAAGAUAAUAUCUUUUGGUGCCUGCUUCACUCAGAUGUAUUUUGUUCAUUCCUUGGGAGCAAUUCAAUCUCUCCUUCUCCUUAUUAUGGCCGUUGAUCGUUUUAUUGCAGUUUGUUUUCCAUUAAAAUAUCCUGUUCUACUUACAAAUAACAUUGUAUCUAUGGCUUGCGGAUUGUCAUGGAUUUGUACAUUUCUUAGGAUGAUGGGGGUUAUAUAUCAUGCCUUAACCUUAUCUUAUUGUAAUUCUAACAUAAUUGUGCAAUGUUAUUGUGACCAUACUUCAGUUACAAACCUGGGAUGUGGUGGAGAUGUAAAAUAUGUUCAGACUGUUGCUGUCAGCCUUGCAAUGUUUAGUCUCUUGCUUCCACUUUCAUUUAUACUUUUUUCCUUUAUUUCCAUCUUUGUAGUUGUUUUAAGAAUAGGAAACGCAGAAGGACGAUCCAAAACCUUCUCAACUUGUACACCACAGUUACUCAUUUGUUCCAUUUAUUACUUGCCAAGAUGUUUUGUUUACCUAGCUAAUUAUAUAGGAUUCUCUUUCAGUUUGGACAUCCGCAUUUUAUUGAUAUUGUUGUACAGUCUUCUUCCUUGUGCUGUUAAUCCAAUCAUAUAUUGCUUCAAAACAAAAUGUAUCAAAGAUAUUUUGAUGAAGAGAUUGAAAAAUGCUAAAGUUGGAAUAAAGCUUCAUAGUAAGGCAUAGUGUCAUACUGUCUUAGAGUAUUUGAUAUCAAGCUUAUGUUACAUGUUCUCUUUAUGGCGGAAGGCUGAAUUGUUUAUUUCACAGUUCUGCUAAAUUUGAAGCAUUUGUUUAAAUGUUCUGUCAAUGACCUGAGCAAAUUUCUGUACGAAAUUAAAAAGUAUAUGUGAGAAAGUAACAGCCAUGUGUCAAAUGCAACUAAAAUGUAAUUCAUAAAAUAUCAUUGUGCCUUACUUUUGUUUUACUUUUACUGAUUUGUUUCAUGCAUUUCUUAUGUAUUGGAUUGUUGUCUGGUUACUCUUCAUUUUAU